UGGGUUUCACGUCCGGGACAGAGCGCGAGAAGCAGGCAGUGGAUUUCCGGUUCCGGGAACAACGAAUAGCCGCUGGUGCGACAGCUAGGGUUUCGGCGGCGGUGGCGGUGGCGGCGGCGGCCGCGGAGGUGCGAGAAAAGUAGGGCUAGGCGGGACGUGCAGGCGGCAUCUUCGUCAUGGGGCCGCAGGCCUAGCGGAAGCAGCGGGAGCCCCUAGCCCGCGCCAAGCUGGAUGCUGCUCCUUCCUUAAGCCUCCAUGGCUGAGGACUGGCUGGACUGCCCAGCCCUGGGCCCAGGCUGGAAGCGACGAGAGGUCUAUCGAAAGUCUGGGGUCACCUGUGGACGCUCAGACAUCUAUUACCAGAGCCCUACAGGAGACAGGAUCCGAAGCAAAGUUGAGUUAACCCGGUACCUGGGCCCUGCAUGUGACCUCACCCUCUUCAACUUCAAACAAGGCAUCUUGUGCUAUCCAGCCGCCAAGGCCCAUUCUGUGGCUGUUCCGAGCAAGAAGCAAAAGAAGCCUUCAAAGCCAGCAGCGAAGGCUCGGAAUCAUCAGGUUGGACCCAAAAAGGGUGAGACCAAGAAGGAAACCCCAAAGAAUGAGACCAAGGCUGAUACUGGCACAGCGCAAGCUUCAUUCCCUGCACCUGGGUGCUGUGAGAACUGUGGAAUCAGCUUCUCAAGGGAUGGUACCAAGAGACAGUGGCUUAAGACAUUGUGCAAGGACUGCCGAGCACAGAGAAUUGCCUUCAACCGGGAGCAGAGGAAGUAUAAGCGUGUGGGCUGUGGAGAGUGUGCAGCCUGUCUGGUAAAAGAAGACUGUGGAGCGUGCUCCACGUGUCUCCAGCAGCUCCCCAAUGAUGCGGCUCCAAGGCCGUUCAUCAAGUGUGAACAGAGGCGCUGUCUCCGGAUUGUGGAGAAGAGCCCAGGGUGUGGAGUGUGCCGAGGCUGUCAGACCCAAGAGGACUGUGGCCGUUGCAGAAUCUGCCUUCGCCCUCCCCGCCCUGGUGUCAGGCGCCAAUGGAGGUGUGUGCAGCGGCGCUGCCUUCGGGGUAAGAAACGCAGCCAUCGUAAGGGAGGCUGCAACUCCAAGAAGGCUCCCCGGCGGCGUGCCCAGGCUCAGCCACCACCUCCACUUCCCGCAGCACAGUCCCCAAAGCAUAGAGAGCUGCACACCAGUGCUCCAGAGCCCUCAUCACCUGCAGAGUUCAUCUAUUACUGUGUAGACGAGGAUGAACUACAGCCCUACACGAACCGGCGGCAGAACCGCAAGUGUGGGGCCUGUGCAGCCUGCCUACGGCGGAUGGACUGUGGCCACUGUGACUUCUGCUGCGACAAGCCCAAAUUUGGGGGCAGCAACCACAAGCGCCAGAAGUGUCGUUGGCGCCAGUGCCUGCAGUUUGCCAUGAAGCGACUACUGCCCAGUAUCGGACCAGGAUCCAAGGAGGUAGCAGAAUCGCCUCCACUUUGCCGUCGCCGAAAGAGGCCCAGUUCUGCAAAACUGCACCGCCCAGGCCCCACACGAAAUCUGUCUCGGACUAAACGCGCCUCUCGACCAGGCCUUGCCCAAUCUCCACCGAAGAAGGACAAGAAGGAAGCAGGUGGUGGCUUUGUAUUGCCCCCACCGGGUACCGAUCUUGUAUUCUUACGGGAGGGUGCCAGCAGUCCUGUGCAGGUGCCUGGCCCCGCUGUAGCCUCCACAGAAGCCCCAUUGCAGGAGGCUGAGUGUUCUCGCCUGAGUUGGGUUGUGGCCUUACCCCAGGUGAAGCAAGAAAAGCCAGACACCGAGGAAGAGUGGACCCCAGGCACAGGCACCCUGACUUCUCCCACAAUGCAGCCUGGCUGCCUUAACAAGGCAGUAGACACAGCUCUGCUAUCUGUGAAGCAAGAGCCACCAGACCCUGAGGAGGAGAAAGAAGAGAACAAGGAUAACUGUGUCUCUCAAUCAGCCCCAGAAGAGGAAACAGGAGGGGCUGGCACGCCUGUGAUCACGGAGAUUUUCAGCCUGGGUGGAACCCGCUUCCGGGACACAGCAGUCUGGUUGCCAAGGUCCAAGAAACUUAAAAAUCCUGGAGCUAGAAAGCAAUAAACUGGAGACUUCUGCAGACUGUAGGAUUCAAGGUGAUACUUGCAGAGCGGCUUUGAGAGACACCCUGAUGUACUAGAGGCUGGGUGGUAGACUGGUUGAAGGGCUGGUGUAUGGAUCAACUGUAGGAAGAAAGCUAGCAAACCAAGGAGCAGGCCCACUUAGUACUUAGAAUUUAAAGGAAGUCAGUAGAAGUUGGUCAUCUGUUCUUCCUGGGCUCCUGAGCACAAUGAGAAGUUGUACGAACGGGAGGAGGAGCUGGGGUGAGGAAGGAAUGUAAUUUAAAGUCACCACAAAGAACCUAACCAAGCCAUCUUCAUCAAUGAUAUGAAGUGGCUCCUGGAUGGGACUGGCAGUGUCUCAACAUUAUCUCAGGGAGACAGGAGUUGAAAAUGCUAUGUCAAUAAAGGAGGAAAGGAAAGGGACCACUGUUUGAUGAGCUCCUGUGGACCAACUACUUUAAUCCCGAAAACAGUCUUUUAAGGAAGAUAUUGUGCACUUUUGCAGGUGAGGAAACUGAAACUCAAAAGAUACUAACUUUUCCAGUGUCAAUUAGAAUUGGUAGAGCUUAGAAUCGUACCCAGAGUAUAAAGCUUUGUUCUUUAAGCUGCUGAACUGUUAACUGCAAUCCUGUGUGCAAUUAUGUUACAAUAUUUCAGUAACAGUGUUUUUAGUAGCUUUCAAAAUACACAGUGGAUUUCAAUAAGCACUGUAAUAAACCUUUUAUACUUUUGCCUCUAGCAUGGUUUAGGGAAUGCUAAGGCUGUAUGUAGGUGGGCUUGUCAGAGAACCUGUUUAUUCUCAAACUGGAUUCCCCACAGACUGCAGAUGGUGCAUAGGAUUCUUCAAAGCCUAAAGAUUAUUCCUACCUACCACUUUCUCUUUGUUUUGCCUGUUCCCUGACCUCAGUCAGAGCAGUGUUUGGAACUGAACUUGCCUGACUGGCUAUAAUUUCCUGACAAUUAACAUCUUCUGUCCUCUGAGGACCCUUGUGCAUGAUUCUUGCCCCCAGCUCAAGUAUCCUGACACAAGUCCUGUCCUAAGGACCAGUCUUGGCUUAGCUCUACCUCACUCUCAAAUCUUCUUUCAUUGCCAGAAAGACAUGUAAUUUGUUACUUAGCCACCUUUAUAGUGCCAGAACUGGGUGAGUGCCUCCUUAAAUUUUAUAUCCUAUGGUAUCCCUUGCCUCACCUUAUUCCUGGCCCUGCAACUUUUAGUAAUUCAGAUAAAGAUUAUCCCUUUUAUUUUUUUUAAGACAGGAUUUUCAUUUAUAGCUCAGAGUGGCUUUGAACUCACUUUGUAGCCCUGGCUAGUUUCAAACUCAUAAUACUUCUCCUGCCUCUGCCUUCCAGGUUCUAGUAUCUCCCAUUUCUAGUUCACAAGAUUCAGCUGUCUGCCACAGUUUUCUUCCUUUGCCCGCUUUACCUAGUUCUGUCCUGGCCAAGACUGGAUAAUCUUAUGAUGCUCUGGUCCCACUAGGAUCCAAUCACUGAACUCUAGUAUUCUGAUAGUGAUGUUCUAAGGGAAAUGUAUUUCCUUGACAUGCCAGUGGAGGGAAGAGUUUGAUUACUGUGUGUGUUAAUUAGGAUACAGAACCACUAAGACAAAGAUGAUGUAUGUGAUUAUUUAGAGAAAUUCAGCCUUACAUGAUGGUGGGUACUGGCUACACAGUCUCUGGUAAGCCUGUUAAUUCUACAUGUAAGGCUGGAGCUUGAAGUCUGCAGGACAGGCAGUUGGGAAGGGAAGAUGAAUGUAAACUGUGGGAGACCCAGGACACAUUGGAGUCCACAAGCAGAAGUUGGGACCCACAAGUGUGGCCUGGAGCCCAAGUCAGUUUCUCACCACCUCCAGCUUCGAUGAUAAGGGUGUCCUGCAGAAGCUAGCACCCUUCCUCACAGAGUUAAAUAUUCACCUGGUCCAGGAUUAGAGAAGCUGAAGGAAGAUCCCAGGGGAGGCGGAGCAGGGGCAGGCCUAGCUCGAGGCCUAACUGCUGCCCCACACCAAUGAGGUGAGCCAGCAGAUAACUGCCAUCACUCAUGAACUGCUGAACUGCGACAGCGCCUCAUCUCCACACCAACCUUCCAAGAGUACAAAUCCCAGUAUGCUGCUGCAUCACUUCUGUCCUCCACUUAUCAGGCACAAUGUGCAACCAGAAGCAUAUGGGAAGGGAGUUCCAGGACAUGGCCCCACCAUGGUAUAUAGCCAUCCUACCAUGAAUCCGCUCCUGAAGGUCUUAUUACUCACCUGAGGAUAAUUUGAUAAAGCUGUAUUGUUGAAAAUACAAAGCUGAAGACCAUGGAUUUCCUGGUGACUCCAGCAAGAAAAGAAAUCCUGUCAAGCCCACGCAGAAGAAACUUUCUGGUCUUGUUAACCUGGCCCAUAGUAGGCAUUGUACUUAAUACUAGGCUAUAGGGAGGAAAAAGAGUCCAUCCAGCCUCAUUAGAUGCACUCAUGUAUUACAAGCAGUGAAUGGUCCUCCAACUUUAUCAUGGACUUUAAUGAUGAAAAUAUACAAUCCAGGCAACUUUGGGAAAGCCAGCUCUUGUGAGAAUCUUGUUGGGGCACAGUAAAUGUUGGAAAUAAUUUAAAUAAUUUCUACUUCUAAGCUGUUAUAUUUUAAAACAAUUUUUAUUGUUCCAUUUACUGAUCUAUAUUCUUAGUGUUUCUUUGGGGAAGAUUAUGGUGACGGUAUCAGUGUUGGCUACCGUGAAGGGGCUAAGAUUCUGGGAGACAGAAUGAAGCACAGUUUUAUCACUUCUCUAGACCUCCAAGUAUGAUGAAUGAGACCCAUCACUGGUGUUGAGUUUCCUGGUGCUGGACAUGGUUCCAGCCCUUCAACCUCCUUAGGGACCCUCCAGGCGUGUGGGGCUAUUGUGUGGGUUCUGACCUUGGUGGUACCCAGCAACCAAAAGUCACUGGCUUUCAUUGGGCUGAGUUCCCCUCUCUGGAGUGAUGAAACAGGCAGAACUGAACCGGAGUUCCUAUGAAGCUGGCCUCGAGGGAGCUCCCAGCAUGAUGAGCUUGGGGCCGAUGCUGGGAUCUCCCAGGGCGGCUGCACAGCCCCAGCUGGUCUCCCUGUGGCCUUUGCCAACCCCAGCAGAACCCUCUGGGGAUGGGCAACUCUGAGACACUGCGCAAGCGCCCCUGGAUAUUAAAUGGCCUUUCCCAAGAAGUUCCCCUUCUCAGAGAGUAUGAGGGGGGGCUGUGGGUGUUUCUAUCCGGACAGAUACCAGGAGGUACAGAGAUGCAAAAGCCCUUCCUCAGGACACAAGGGAACCCAGACGGUUGCCUAAUUUCCUUUUUUUGUUGUUGUUUGUUUGUUUGUUUGUUUCAGGAUACAUAAACUCUUAGCAGUAAAUGAAAAUGAGUAUUUUACUGAACUACAGUUGAAAGAAGAAGCAUUGUAGGAG